AUGUCAACCCCGGCGGCGGAUCUGCAAACCUCCCUGGAAAGACAUAAUGACACAUUCGAAACCUUGCUGAAACUCAUACCGGCCAAAUACUACCUGGUUCAGGAAGAAUCAGAGGAACAGAUAGCAUCGAAGUACCAGAAAAAUAGCAGAAAAAAAAAGGCUCCGAAGCAAGCCGUGAAAGAGGCGUCGAAGAAGGCGAAACGAGACAAGCUCGACCCUGCGAACAACAAAACCGUUCUUGAGAUACAGAACGAGACGCUGCCGCAUACCGAGGAGAGCGUGAAAGGGAAGGGAAAGCGGAAAGCGGUCGCGUCCGACGCGGAAUCGGACGAUGUCGAUGCGAUGGAUGUCGACAUGGCAGUCGACAUGCGUGAGGAUGAUUCCGACGGGGAAAUGGAGCAGGGCGGGGCGAUGUCCGAGGAACCGUUGGUGCCUAUGGCAGCAUCGGGCGGCAUACAAGAGCUGCGGGACAAGCUACACGCACGCAUGGCGGCGUUGCGGCAUGGAGGACGUGCGUACGACGAUGGUGGGGCGGGGAGUAAGGAUGAGCUGCUAGAGGAACGGAGGAGACAGCGCGCGGCGAUGCGGGAGCGGCGAAGGAAGGAGACAAAAGAGAAGAUCAGGCGGGAGGAUGAGAGUAAGAGUAAGAAGGGAAAGAACAAGGACAAGGAUCAUGGUCGGGACAAGGGGGCGCAGGCAAAGGCUCAGCUUCUUGUACCGGACCAGCCGUCAUCGUCAAAGUCAGGUCCCUCGCACGAUCCGAGACACAAGUACGCAAAUGUCGCGUUUUCUACACUUGCCGGAUCCUCGGGCUCGAGCAGUAAAAAAGCGCAGCAUCUCAAAACAUCCUCCAACCCUUCACAGGCGCUUGGACAGCUCGCCGCGCGCAAGGAGAAGGUUGCUGCUUUACCUGAGGAGAAGCGCAAGGCGAUUGAGGAGAAGGAGAAGUGGGAGAAGGCGGAAGCCCGGAUGGAAGGCGUGAAGGUGCACGACGACGAGACCCGGCUGAAGAAGGCAGUGAAGAGGCAAGAAAAGACGAAGGCGAGGAGCAAGAAGGCUUGGGAUGAGCGGAAGGAGCAGGUUGCGACGACGAUGGCCACUAAGCAGAAGAAGCGGACAGACAAUAUCGCAAUGCGCCAUGAGAGACGCAAUGACAAGCGCAAGGGGAUCAAGUCAAAGGAUAAGGGUAGGCCUGGCUUUGAAGGCAAGUCGUUCGGGAAGGGUAAGGGCAAGGGCAAGGCUCCAGCGCACAGUAAAAAAUGA